CUGUUAUAAUGUUGCCACUGAUGAACACGUAAUGAACACGUUAGUGUGAAAUGACAACAAGCCAUCAGAAAAAAUGAGCAUACCGGUAUUCAUAGAUUUACCUAUCAAUGAGCAGGUCCUCGAGCUGAGGGGCUACCUCAAGGAAGUGGGAGCAGAUAUAUCUGCUGAGGCUCUUGAAGGGAAUAGCUUGGGAGAUUUACGUCAGAUCAUAGAAGCCAGCAAAUAUUUGUGGGAAAAUCUAAAUAAUGAUGCAGAUUUGGAGAUGACUUUGAACAGUAUUAUCUCCCUUGUAUUAGUGCUGCCACCUGAUCAGAUACAAGAACCAGUACUCCAGUUUUGUGAAGCAGUUGCUAAAUCAAGCAGUGGAGACAAAAGAGCUAGUUUGAGAAUAAAAUUAUUAUCAAACUUGUUUUCUGGUUUGGAUGAGAAGAGUUCCUCAAGAGCUGAUGUAUACUUAUGUUUAGUCAAAUUAGCCCACCAAACAGAUCUCCUGUAUUUAGUAAACACAAAUCUAUCCAGUGUAAAGAAAUGGGCCAAACAGUGGGAUAUAUCGUCUACAAAGUACCAGAAUAUACUGAGAAGUUUACACGAUGCUUUGUUAGAUACUAAAACAAGUGAAGCAGCAACAAAAGUAAUGAUAGACCUUCUUGGUACAUACACAGAAGACAAUGCUUCACAGGCUAAAAAUGAUGCUCACAGAUGUAUAGUAACACAUUUAGCAGACCCAAACACAUUUCUCAUGGACCACCUGUUGUUACUGAAGCCUGUAAAAUUCCUGGAAGGAGAACUGAUACAUGAUUUAUUAUCCAUUUUUGUGUCAGGGACAAUAACACAGUACCAACAGUUUUAUAAGACUAAUACUGACUUUGUCAAGUCAUUAGGCUUAUCACAUGACCAGAAUUUACGGAAGAUGAGAAUGUUGACGUUUAUGCAGAUGUCAGAAAAUAAAAAGGAGUUAGAUUAUAGUGUCAUCCAACAAGAGUUAGAACUUCAGGAGUCAGAUAUUGAAGAGUUUAUUAUUGAUAUUUUAAGAACUAAGUCAGUGAGAGUGAAGAUCGAUCAGAUGCAGAAGAAGGUAGUGAUCCAUUCAUCGAUCCAUCGACAGUUUGGCAGACAACACUGGCAGAUGAUUCAACAAAGUCUGUUGCACUGGAGGGACAACUUGGAUCUAGUUCAAACCAGUUUGAAGCAGCUGGAUAUGCUGCAUGCUCAACAGGUUGGGGCUCAGUAAGGAGAACUGUUUGAGAAACAUAAGAAUACCAUCUGAUGUGCUUAUUAUUUAAAAAAGACAAAUAUGAUAUUGUUGUCAAAUAUUGAAAGAAUAAAUAAAUACAGACAUUGGAA